AUGCGUUGCUUGACAGUUGUCGUUUUGGUAGCCUUGGUAGCUGUUGCUUUUGCGGCCGAUUGUGGUGAGAAUGAACGUUUCGCCUGCAAGUUAGGCUGUGACAAACGCUGUGACAAUUUGAAUAAUAUUUGCAUCGAUAUUGGUAACAACUGCAAAUGCUUCUGCAAACGCAACUACGCCAGAAAUGAGAAUAAUGAGUGCAUUCCCGAAGAUCAAUGUGGUGCUGAAGCUACGACAACCAGCGCUUCCGCUGCAGAAACCACUGCAGCUUCUGCUGCUGAAACCACCGCGGCUCCCGCUCAAGGUGGUGAAACUACCGCAAACGGUAAUACCGUACCAGUCGAACAAGCCGAAACUACUCCACCAGCAGGAUUCCCUGAUGGCAUUUUUACCGACAGCUCGUAA